UCUGUGCUCUGCCGUAAGGGCUGCAAGCUACUCACCCGGCACAGGGUGCAUUAUAAAAACAAAGCUGAGGCCGAAUCAUAGCAGAAUAGUUUGCAUGUGGCCAACUGGUCACGUGAUCUAUCCUCGCGUGUGUGUUUCCACUUUGAGUGCUGGGUACCACUAGAUAAAGAGAAAAUGUCUGGGAUAAAAAGAACUCAUGAAGAUAAAGACCCAGAUUAUGAUGAAAUCUCAGUUGUGCACCAGAAUAAACGCCACAAGGCAAUUGAAGUGUCAGCUCGCGAUGCUACUAUCUCAAAAAUUGAAGCCGUUAUUAAAGAACAAUUUGCAGUCGAAUUGAAGAAUAAAGAACAUGAGAUUGAAGUUAUAGAUCAGCGUCUUCAUGAUGCAAGGCGUAUGAUGGACAAGCUGCGGGCCUGUAUUGUGGCCAAUUACUAUGCUUCUGCUGCUCUUAGCAAAGUCCCUGAGGGUAGUUCUGCCUGUGAUUCUACCAUAUUAAACCAUCCAUCCAUCAAGAAGUUUUUGGAGUCGCCUUCCAGAGCUGCAUCGCCUGUAAACCACCGCUCGGAAACGCCAUCAGCCAACAAUUCCGAAACCGAUUCUGUUUGUGCUCAUAGUGACUUCUUGGAUAAAGAUGGGAAUGGUGAUAUGAAAGGAACUCUCCUGAACAAGAGGACACACAGACCAGACGUAAAAUCAGGAAAGGAUACUCUGAGUGUUGAAAAACAGGGAACCCAAAAUCUAGAAAGUGCAAGACCCGAAGACACCUCUAGGUGUUUUGUCAAGAAAACUAUUGUGGUUGGAAAUGUCUCAAAGUACAUCCCACCAGAUAAAAGGGAGGAAAAUGACCAGUCAACCCAUAAGUGGAUGGUGUAUGUCCGUGGCUCUAGAAAGGAACCCAGUAUUGACCAUUUUGUGAAGAAGGUCUGGUUCUUUCUGCAUCCUAGCUACAAGCCUAAUGACCUUGUAGAAGUCAGUGAGCCGCCUUUUCAUUUAACUCGUCGAGGCUGGGGAGAAUUUCCUGUAAGAGUCCAGAUUCAUUUCAAGGACAACCAGAAUAAGAGGGUCGACAUAAUACAUAAUUUAAAGUUGGACAGAACGUACACUGGAUUACAGAAUCUGGGGGCAGAAACGGUUGUGGAAGUUGAGCUAUACCGGCAUUCCCUAGGAGAGGACUUCCUCUUUUCCCAGUCGUCCAAUGAGUCUGUUCAGUCCGAUGAUCCUGCAACUUUACCGAAUCUUACUAAAACUUCCUCACCACAAAAAGGGGGAAACAAUACUUUAGACAAAGGAUUCAAUGUGACAUCUGAACCCUUGUUUUACCCACACCCUUCACCAGUUGAGCGCACACCAUCCAAAAUGACCCAGAGAUUCACUUUUGGAACUCAUGGCAGUACAGCAUUUCAGCCCAUCACUGCAAGUUGUAAAAUUGUGCCCCAGGGGCAGUCAUCCAGUUUGACAGAAUCACCUGGGAAAACUUUCCAACCAAUCACUAUGAGCUGCAAGAUUGUUUCAGGAAGCCCUACAAGCAAGCAUUCCAAUAUAAUCCAAGCGGCUCCUGGAACUUCCUCUCCAAUUCCUAAGAUCCACGGGAGCAGUUUCAUAACAUCAAAUAUAAAGCAGGAGGAGAAUAUGUUUGCUGCAAUGCCUCCUCUUUGCCCUAUUGGAAGUCACUCUAAGGCCCAGAGCCCAAAGCCUGUCACAGGAGGUCUUGGAGCUUUUACUAAGGUAAUCAUUAAGCAAGAACCUAUAGAACCGUCUCCACAGCAGCCAGAACCUCCUUCCACAUCUCAGCCAGCUAUCCAGCAGUUUGUUACUGUCAAAGGAAACCACAUGAUAGCUAUGUCACCCCAGAAAAAUGUUAACACUGCAGAAGGUUGCAAGGUGGUUGGAAUUCCAGUUGGGUCUACAGUUCAGACAGCAAUUAAACCAUCUGUAACUAUUAGUGGUGGUCAGAUCCUAGUGGCCAAAUCAAAUGCUUCUACUGUCAAAGCCAUUGGACAGAAGCAAAUGGUAGCUCAGGGAGUGGCAAAGGCAGUUGUGAGCAGUGGAACUGGAAACAUUGUACCCGCCCAACCCUCUCAGAGCCUAACAAAGGCCCAGCUUACAACUACAGUAACUCCGAAAACUGGAACCCAAGGCUCUGUAAUGGCAACGCUGCAAUUGCCAGCUACAAAUAUUGCAAACUUGGCAAAUCUACCUCCUGGCACCAAAUUGUAUCUCACAACAAAUAGCAAGAAUCCAUCAGGCAAAGGAAAACUGUUGCUAAUCCCACAGGGAGCCAUUCUACGUGCUGCAAACACUGCUAACCUCCAGACGGGCGUGUCUGCUGGGGCAGGAUCUAGUUCUGCAGCCUCUACCACUGGGUUACCACAGCACUUAACCUACACUUCAUAUAUUUUGAAACAGACUCCCCAGGGAACAUUUUUAGUUGGACAACCAUCACCCCAGGUACCUGGAAAGCAGAGCGCAUCCAGUGUGGUAGCUCCUGGUAACGCUGGUGCAGCUGCACAAGGACAGACGUCUUUAAAAUUAACUACAGGACAAAAAACUGCAUUAAUAACUCAGGCUAACAGUAAAUCCUCUACGUUGACAAAGAUAUCUGAGAAUGUGUUAAAAUCCGUGUCAGCGACAUCCCAGUUACAGAAGCCAGGAACGACUUUGCUCCGGGUAGCUGGUGGAGUUAUAACUGCUGCUAACUCAUCUUUACCGUCUGUAGCUGCUAAUGUGCCUCCACAGCAGUCGGCUGAAGGAUCUGCUCCUGUUACGCCUGUUUUUAGUGUUUCAAACAAGACUUUAGUGCAGCAGCACUCAGUGGUUGCUAAUGCAGGACAAGCAAAAUCACUGGGGGUCAGCAAAGUUGUUAUAGCACCAACUACAGCCCCUUCAUCCAGGGUCUCACCAAGUCCAGCACAAUGCAGCACUCCUUUAACAGUUAAAACGGAGCCGGACAUAGCAAGCAAUGCCAGCAGCACACCCUUGUGUCAAGCUGAAACUAUGGCGGUGAAAAUGGAAGACAAUGCAGACACCGAAGCCAGUGCUGUCAAGACAGAAUAUUUGCAAAAUCUGAAGCAACUGUUAACUGCAACAGUUAAGAAAGUUCCCCUUAUAGCUCCAAGAAGUGAAGAUAGCAAUCCGUUUUGUGCUAAUUCUGUGGAGCAGUAUUACAGCUGGAACAUUGGAAAAAGGAGAGCAUCAGAGUGGCAACGAGCAGUAACAAUGAGAAAAAUGUUACAAGAAAUAAUAGAGCGGCAACCAAAGUUCAACAAUGUUACCUCUCUGAAAACUAAACAAAUAGUCCGGUGGUGUCGUAUCCAUGGUUACACUCCUCCUGACCCUGAAAGCAUUGGGGAAGAUAAAGAAUCCAUUGAAGAUGUGUUGACACGUAUAGAUAAUGAGUCGGCAUUACCUUCAACUUGCUCAUCUGCUGAAGCACUGUGCCGAAAAGUUGAGGAAUUAGAGAAAAUUCUGAAAACGGAAUCUGACAAUGAUGAGGAGGUUGAUGUGAUGAGCAUAGAGGAAAUACAAAAAGCACAUAUUAAAAGUGAGAAAGAAAAUGAGGAGGAUUUAAAAUCUUACAUGACAACUAGUCCAAGCUGUGAGUUUGUGAGAGAUGUCGCCCAGGAGAUAGGCGUCUCCUUACAACCAAUUGAAGUGCAAAAGAACGUUUAUGCUUCAGUCAUGGAAGAGAUGAUUUUAAAGGCUACAGAGCAGUUUGUCAGUGACAUACUACGUGAUGCUUUAGCGGUGGGAUACCAAGUGACCUCUCACAACCGAGCACCAAGGGAAAUCACUAUGACAAAUGUCCAGCAAGCAAUUUGCAGUAUUCCAGUAUUUGACUUUCUAACAAACAGGCAUAUGGGGGUAUCAAAUGCAGAUGAUGACCCCCCUUCGAAAUAAAGCAGCAACAUAUAAUUACACAGCGGCCAAGCAAUGAAUACUGACCUGAGCAACCUGUAGUGUGUCAUAUUGACCUGAUUCCAUUUAGAGAAGAACCUGUGAUAUGUUACAUUUAUUUUGCAAAUGUGCACUCAAGCAAGUAUGUAUGUAGCACACUAGUGAUUAUUCAGUUGACCAAGUGGACUAGAAAGAUGAGGUGGUACCGACCACGAGUAUUUUUGUAUUUUAUCUUGUUUUGUUUGUGUACAUAUGUCUGUGUAUGUGUGUAUAUUUGUACUUACAACUGUGUAUAGAUUAUCUGCUGAAAAGAACAUUCAUUUGGCUGAAAUUAAAUCUGAAGACCAUGGUUACAGUCUCUGCUAAUAGUGAUCGAUGUCAGUUAUUUGCUUAGAUGUAAUGUGAACCUUAUAUAUGUAUUAUAUGUGUACCUUCUCACGUUUAAAGUGCAGUUUUUCUCUUAAAGGGAAAUUAAAUCCUUUAAGAUUGUUACUCUAGUAAUUAAUUUAUAACUCUCCAUAUCUGACCUCAGCCGAGGAGAUAAUAGGUGUUUAAACCAAUAUGGCAGCACCCUUUAAAGGGACAGUCAACACCAAAAUUAUUAUUAAAAAAAAAUAAAGAUAAUGCCUUUACUACUCAUUCCCCAGCUUUGCACAAACCUCUAAGUCACUACAGACAGCCUGUUAUCACAUACAUUUUUAGUAGCUUUUCACAACAAGAGACUGCUAGUUCAUGUGGGCCAUAUAGAAAACAUCGUGCUCGUGGGUUGUGGAUGACACUUCACUAAUUGGCUAAAAUGCAAGUCAAUAGAUAAUAAAUAAAAUUCAUGUGAUCAGGGGGCUGUCAGAGGAGGCAUAGAUACAAGGUAAUCACAGAAGUAAAAACUAUAAUAAUAUAGUCAUGUUGACUGCAAAACUAGGGAAUGGGUAAUAAUGGGAUAAUCUAUCUUUUUAAACAACGAUUUUGGAGUUGGCUGUCCCUUUAAUUUGUAUAGACUAACACUACUUCUUUGUUCAACACAAGGGCAACUAAUAUACUCGUAAAAAAUAUAUAAUAUUCUCAGGAUAAUCUUUGCUUUGAAUACAUCAUUAUGACUAGCAUGUGUUGUUAAUGUCUCUUUUUAAAGAGAAAAAAAAAUAGAAAUAUCCUGCAUGUUUUCUUUAAAUAAAUGGAUCUGCUUUUUCUCACCUGCCCCUGGUACCAGUCAGCACACAUCCUUAAAAUCUACUCUACCCUUUGCAAAAAAAAAAAAAAAUGUGUGUGACUGUAUUGCAGUGCACCUGCUAUACCACAAACUAGAUAUGUGUAUUUGGAUCCUUUGUGAGUAUCCGAAUCCAGAAGUAGGCGGCAGCUCGUGCCGUUCGGCGGAUUUUUUCAGAACCAGAUUUAUUCUUGUGAAAGAUCACUGCAAAUCCAGAUCUUAGUGUGGUGAUCUUUCACAAGAAUAAAUCCGGCUCCGAAUAAAGAUGAAUAGCACGAGCGGCACCUACUUCCACAUUUGGAUCCAAAUACACAUAUCUACCACAAAAUAUGGUAGAUUUAGCUAGAUAUGUUCCCCUCUCAUAUAAUGAUUAACAUUAGAAUUACCAUUUCUUUAUUAUACCAUAAAGCUAAGUAUAUGUGGUGUAAACAACAGCUUUAUAUAAAAUCCUCUACAUUAUUUGGACUAUACAAGGCUAAACAAAUAAAUACACUUUUACUUUAUAAGUAGGAAUCUGUUUUUGUAAAACACCCAUGCCAUACUGCGACCAAGAAGGAGUGUCUUCACCCCUGUUAUUGUUACUCUGUUACAAAUAUGAACAAAACAAAUGCCUAUAAAUUGUGGUUUCUUUUAGCUCCCCAGAAUUCCAAUAUUAAAGUGAUGGUUAUCUCUUCCCUUUAUUAAAACAGAUCCAGAAUGUUGGUAAUGUUUAAGAUGGAAUUGAAUUAAUCAGUUGUAAUGAAGGUGCGCUAUAACUUGCUUUUUAAUAUCGACAUGAAAUUCAAAUACCCUGCGCUCCUCCGCCCACUUUCAAAGUCAUUUUUUCUGUGAGCUAACGGUUUGAAUGGUUGUCCAAUAAGGGCUCUAUCUAAAACAAAAGGCGCCCAAAGGGGAGAGCACUGAUUGGAGAACAGUUCAAACCUAUAGCUCACAAAAACAAUAACUUUUAAAGUUGGCGGCGGAGUGCAGGGAAUUUGAAUUACAUAUCUAUAUUAAAAAGUAAGUUAUAGCGCAUUUCAUUACAACUGAUGAAUUAAACCCCAUCUAAAAUAUCUAACAUUCCAGAUCUGAUUUUAAAAAGGGGAGAGUUGGCCAUUACUUUAUCUAUGAAUCCAAAAAAUGACUUGCAAUCUGAAAAUGCAGAUUGUUGUUGAAUAAAGAUAUGUGGACGUAGCAAUAGGAAAUGCUACUGGACCCUCAUGUAAUUAGGAUUUAUAUAUAAUUUAGACUUCUAUUAAAAGUGUUUUAUUGUA